GCGACGCCGUGACGUCACGGGAAGCGGUCGACACGCCGGGAGUUUUAGAAAAACAGACGAAUCAAAGUCGCUAUUUCUGAAGGAGACGUUUAUUCCGAUGCGGUGAGACGGAGUCUGGAAGCCGACACUAAAGGAUGGCGACCCCGAGCAAGACGCCGCCCGGCGCCGACCCGAAGCAGCUGGAGCGGACGGGGACGGUGCGGGAGAUCGGCUCGCAGGCCGUGUGGUCCCUGUCGUCCUGCAAACCCGGUUUUGGUGUGGACCAGCUCCGAGACGACAACCUGGAGACGUACUGGCAGUCUGACGGCUCCCAGCCUCACCUGGUCAACAUCCAGUUCAGGAGGAGGACGACAGUGAAGAUGCUCUGCAUCUACGCCGACUACAAGUCUGACGAGAGCUACACGCCCAGCAAGAUCUCCGUCCGGGUGGGAAACAACUUCCACAACCUGCAGGAGAUCAGGCAGCUGGAGAUGGUGGAGCCGAGCGGCUGGAUCCACAUUUCUCUCCUCAACCAACGGAGCAGCGAGCCCAUCAGCACCUUCAUGAUCCAGAUCGCGGUCCUGGCGAACCACCAGAACGGCCGGGACACGCACAUGAGGCAGAUCAAGGUGUACACGCCGGUGGAGGAGAGCAGCAUCGGCAAGUUCCCACGAUGCACCACGGUGGACUUCAUGAUGUACCGGACCAUCCGGUGACCCGGGACCGGACCGGGACCCCCGGGACCACCGGGUCCACCCGGGACCGGACCGGGACCCCCGGGACUGGAACUCUUCAACCUUUGUGCCAACAUCUCCUCACACGACACCCAAUAAAAACCUGAAAUCCUUUGUAAAAA